AUGAUUGUUAGUGACCAAUUGGGAAAAGAAAUAAUAUCUACUGUUCACAAUCUUCAACAAGUUAUGUCAAUAUAUGUGUAUUGUGUGAAUAAAGAAAUUAAUGAACAAUGGGCUAGCAGAUUUGUCAAAGUAAAAGCUGUUGUUGUUCAGCUUGAUGAACUUAUUUCUCGCAUUAAGCGUGAUCAUAGCAUUCAGGAAACGAUGGAAGAACCACUGUCAGCCAAUAGUGUUACUGCAGAUGCUGACUCAGAAAAUGGUCGACAAUUAUUGUCUAAAUAUGAAGAUGAGUUCGCACCAAAAGUCUAUAAAGCAGCAAUAAAUGAAAACGAUGGCCCAUUCAUGAAAUCUCUAAAAAAAUACUUUGAACAACAAUGGAAAAUAAAAUAUGGUUCUUCAAAUCAAUGGUUUAUUUCAUUCUUACAAGAAUAUAAAGAUACCGUCAAUUAUGAUUCUGUUCUGAAGCGUACAGCUGAAUAUGGGCAUAAAUACUUCAAAGAUUGCCCAAUCUUAUCAAUUAUUUUGCAACUUCUAUUUGAAGGCAUUGAUGACAAAUUGUUGGAUGAAACAAAUGCAUUCAAUGAUUUAUGGUGCGCAAUAACCAAUAAUGGUUUAAAAUCUAUAGAAAAUUUUUCUGAUGAUAAAAAGCAAUCGGUCUUAUUGAAAGCGUUACAUGAAUAUUAUCGUCCAAAAUUAUUUGAAUUAUUGGAAAAAAGUAAAAUCCCAGAUGAAGACAACUUGUAUGAAUUAGCAUUAAAAAAUGUUGCUAAAUAUGGUUGGUUACAAGGUUUACAAGAAGUUAAGGAGAGAAUAAUAGUGAAACAUUAUAACACAUUACGAGCGAAUAUUCCUGUAUCUAGCGAUACAUCUGGAAAGCAAGUUCAACCCAAAGUGGAAGCUUCAAUAUCAGAAAACAAUCAAUCAUGUAUGUUUGGUCAAGAUACUCAAAUUUUAUGGAAGUUCAGUGGCAUCGGGAAACCACGAGUGGCAUGGUUCUUCAAUGAUCAACCACUUCCAACCAAUGAUCGUCUACAAGUAACGGAGACUGAUGAUGGAACAUCGAUACUAAUAAUUCGUCAAGCUAAACUUGCUGAUGAAGGUGUCUAUACAGCUAAAGCAAUCAAUGCUUUUGGUGAAGCUGAAGCUCAAACAACAUUAAAGAUUGAUUUCAUCAAACCUGUCAUCAACACUAAUCUCGAUACUGUACUGAAAGUCACAAAAGGCGAAAUCUUGACGCUAACAGUCGUCGCCAGUGGAACUCCGAAACCUCACGUUGUGUGGAUGAGAGACGACACUGAACUUAUACCCAAUGAUCGCAUUCAAGUGACGACACCGACUGGUAGCGAUGAUCAAUACACACUGACCAUCUUAAAUGUACAACCGGAAGAUCAAGGUGAAUAUUCAGUCAUGAUUUGCAACGUUGGUGGAUCACUUCAAUCCGAUAAGUGUAAAGCUAUUGUUUCGAAAUCACCUAUGUUUAUUGUCAAGCCGACGACACAAAGAGUAAAACAAGGUGAGACAGCAGUAUUCAUGACGACGAUUGAUGGAUAUCCAACACCGACUAUCACAUGGCUUCUCAAUGGAAAACUGUUGACAUUGAAAGAAGACGUUGAAGUGCAAUUCGAUGCUGCGACUAGCCAAUCGAAGUUGUCUAUCCAAAACGUCAAUCUUGAACAACAUGCUGGUUCAAUUACUUGUCGAGUGAAGAGUGAAUAUGGCGAGCAAGAAGAAACUGUUCGACUUGAUAUUCUAGUUGCACCAACAAUCAUCGAAGACUUGCCCAUACAACAAGAAAUUGUAAGUGGACGAGAUAUCGCAUUGAAAGUCGUUGGAAAAGGAUCUCCACGACCAUCCGCUCAAUGGUUUUUCGGAGGCCAACUCAUUGACUGGGAGAAUGCGUCGGAAGACGAAACGAAGAAUGAAUAUCAACUAGCGAUCAAACAGGCAACAGCGGGAAAGAACGAAGGUACUUAUCGAAUUGUCUUGAAGAACGAGGUGGGUGAGGUACAAUCGACUCCAUGUGUAGUUACAGUAUUGGAACCAGUGAAGUUGACCCAACUGACACCAGCAUCGAAUCUAGUUGGCUUGAAAAUUGGCGAAAAAUUCGAGAUCGUUUUGGAUGUGAAUGGAAAGGAAAUACCGGAAGUUCAGCUGACAAAAGAUGAAAAAGCAGUGCAGUUCAUAAGCGAGGGGACAACACGAUAUACAUUCUCAGUGGCUAAUGUAAAGCAUGAAGAUCAAGGUAUGUACAAGGUGACAGCAAAGAACAAGAUUUCAACUGAAGAGAUGACUGUCACUCUCAAUGUUACUGGUGAGUUUGCGUACAUUUCAAAAACAAAUUUUGCACCGCAUUCAUUCUAUACACUCUCAUGAAACGGAAACUUAAUUGUUCUUUCCUGUCAUUGUAUAGCCAGAUAUUAGAUAAGUUUUGUCAUAUGCAUGAAAACUUCUACUUGUAGUGUAAAACAGAGCGAAAAUCUGUAACUGCUAUAUUUUUCAUUCAUAUUCAGGCGUAGCACAUUCUUCUUAAAGUUCACUACUCGUGAGUUGCAUUCAAUUAACAUAACAAAGACAACAAUGUUUCCAAGGUUCGUCCAAAUAUGAUACAGUUCAAUAAUGCGUCUUUCAAUUGUUUUGCAAAGUUUAAAUUUUCUCUAGCAAUUGAAGGUUUUCUAAUGUUCUUUACGAACAUUAGACAUAUUCGGAUCCAAUUGAAUCUCUCAAUGAUAAACUAAUAAAUUUUAAAUAUGAACUGCCCAUGAUAUUUGUUUUUCUUUUUUUUGGUGGUGGUUGGAUGAGGUGUGAGCGCAUAGGUGGAUGUUGGAUCGGAUGUGUCUUCUCUCUAUUCGCAUCUACACCCGCCCUCGGAAAGAAUGGAAAAAGAGUUUCGUCUACAGAUACAUGUCAGAGUCUAUGUCUAUCAUGAUCUGUAUAAAUUUAUCGAGCCUUUCAUGAAAAAAGUUCUGACUGAGUGUCGUAUCUUAUUAGAAUCAUUGAAUUUUGAGCAUCAAAUAUGCACUAAUGUCGUGUUCUUCGACUGACUUUGAUUAUUGAGAGGCUUGUGUUUGAGGUGUCAACGAUAAAACGCACACAUUUUUCAAAAGUGUAGUAGUAUUUCGCAGCCUUUUUUGACCAUAAUUGAAUGUUAAACCAAAAUCAAUAGUAUAUUCGGAAUCAACACAAAACUCUAUGUUAUAUUUUAAACAUAUUAGCUAAAUUCUUUUUCAUGAAAAAUAUACUUGAAGAUGUGCAGUUUUCGUUAGUUGUUGAAUAAUGAUGUCAUCAAAUCAGUGACUACACCGGCACACUGACAUUGCCAUCAAUGAUCACUGAAGAACUUGAAUACACUACUACAACUGAAGCAUAUUUUGGUAUACGUAGCUGGUGACCCUAGAUUGCAGCAAGUGUGGAUAUCAGUGCAAACAAUGCUCCAGUGAAGCUUGUAUUAGUGAUUGACCGUCAGUAUUUCAGUAUUUACACUAAAACUGCACAUCGCUAAAUAAUGUUUGAUUUUAUUACAAGGAAAACUUAACAAAAGCAGUUCUGAGAGAUUCUCAUGUACAUUUUUGUAAAAGCAUCUGUAUCUUAGGAUAUAAACACAUGCUUCGGAAGUUUGUCUAGUUUUACUACUACCAUCAGGAAAUUACACUUUUCUACAGAAUAAAAACAAAAUUGAAGAACAAUUCAAGAAGUGAUUUUAUGGAUCGUGAUAGGAUGAUUCUAAGAGGAUGAGACAUUAGGCCUUAUUUUUUCUUCCAAAAAUCAAGUUCGAUUUACAUAAAAAUCUACUUAAACCAAUCCAAACGUAGCGGUGGUGAUAGCGAGAGAGUAAGUGAGAGGGAGAGUGAAGAGGAAAACUAAUACCUUUACGUUAAGCUCUCAUACACUAUGCCAUCCACAUCCACAUCCUCAUUCUUUUCGUUUACAUCCACACUCUCACGGUGAACGAAGCCUCCGUUUCUUAUGUUACAACUGGUGGCAUCCGUUUCUACUUAGAGUAAGCCACCAAACAGUAAAAGCAAUUAAGUUUUAUAGAUAAUGCCGUUAAAAACCUAUUAAGAAAUAAAAGAUUGUUUUGAAUUCCAGGUGCUUCGACAAGGAGUGCUGCCGGCAUAACCAAAGCAAAAAUAGACACGGACUUCAGUAAAGUUCAAGUACGUAAUUCAAAGAAUUUCUUAGUGACCUGGUUUUUGUUCAUCCAUAUCUCCUUUUCUUUAUAGAACAACACAGCUGCAGCAGCCGCCGUCAACAAUGUAAACAGUGGUUUUUUGUCAACUAUCAGAAAGGUC